AAAGUUGACUACUUUUACUGGUGAACGUACUCUGCGGAUCCAGAUAGUAUAGAAUGACUGCUCCAGCUACUCAAACAGUAAUUACCGUUGGACAGACGCUCUACAUCAACAAUAUAAACGACCGUAUCCGGAAAAAGGAACUAAGAGAGUCGCUGUACUAUUUGUUUUCACAACAUGGUCGAGUACUGGAUAUUGUUGCUCUCAAAACCAUGAAAAUGAGAGGUCAGGCAUUUGUUGUGUUUGAUACUGCACCAGCUGCCACUGUUGCCAUGAGAGAACUGCAGGGAUUCCCAUUGUAUGACAAGAACAUGCAAAUUGCAUAUGCCAAGACAAAAUCCAAUGCAGUCAAGAACCGAGAUGGCAGUUACUCGAAGCGAUCUCGUGCAGCAGCUAUAGAAAUGAAUGGUAAUGAAUCUGAUGCAUCAGAUGAUGAUACACUACACAAGCGACAGCGUGGAGAUGAAUAUGAUUCAGUAACUACAGGACGACAUUUAAAGGACAAUGAGGAGGAAAUGGAAGAAGAUGACACCAACGCGAUUCUUUUCGUCAGUCAGUUACCAUCAUCCGUUACAGAAGAGUCGCUAUCGACGUUGUUUGCACAAAAUGAAGGAUUCAAAGAAGUGCGGAUUGUACCAGGUCGACCAGAUAUUGCAUUUGUCGAGUAUGCAUCAUCAGCACAGGCAGAUCAAGCACGAAUGGUAUUAAAUGGAUGUCAAAUCACUCCAGAUCAAGCCAUGCGGGUAGAGUUUGCACGGCGGUAAAGAUGUUGCAUUAUGCUGAUUGACAAAAAUGGUAUUGUUGAAUAAACAGAUAUGUUUUGGCAUACA